AUGACUCUGGAGUCCAUGAUGGCUUGCUGCCUGAGCGAAGAGGCGAAGGAGUCGAAACGAAUCAAUGCAGAAAUUGACAAACAACUCCGCCGAGACAAGCGAGACUCCAGGAGAGAGCUGAAAUUACUUCUCCUCGGUACAGGAGAAAGUGGCAAGAGCACCUUCAUCAAGCAGAUGAGGAUCAUCCAUGGAGCCGGGUACUCAGACGAAGAUAAGAGAGGUUUCAUCCGGCUUGUCUACCAAAACAUCUUCACCUCCAUGCAGUCCAUGAUCCGUGCCACGGAGACCCUCAAGAUCCCCUACAAAUUUGAACAGAAUCGGUCUAACGCCAUGCUCGUGAAGGAGGUGGAUAUCGAGAAGAUCAACGGGUUCGACCACCCCUACAUCGCAGCUAUCAAGAGCCUGUGGGCCGACCCAGGGAUCCAGGAGGCCUACGACCGCCGCAGAGAGUACCAGCUCUCUGACUCCACUAAAUAUUAUCUUUCCGAUCUGGAUCGUAUUGCAGAUUCCAACUAUCUUCCCACUCAGCAGGAUGUGCUCAGGGUGCGCAUCCCAACUACAGGAAUCAUAGAGUACCCAUUCGACUUGCAAAGCAUCAUUUUCAGGAUGGUGGAUGUAGGGGGUCAGAGGUCAGAGAGGAGGAAGUGGAUUCACUGCUUUGAGAACGUCACCUCCAUCAUGUUUCUCGUGGCGCUGAGCGAGUAUGACCAGGUCCUGGUGGAGUCGGACAACGAGAACCGUAUGGAGGAGAGUAAAGCUCUAUUCAGGACUAUCAUUACCUACCCCUGGUUUCAAAACUCCUCCGUCAUCCUCUUCCUGAACAAGAAGGACCUGCUAGAGGAGAAGAUCUCCUACUCUCACUUGGUGGACUAUUUCCCCGAGUUCGAUGGUCCCCAGAGAGAUGCACAAGCGGCGCGGGAGUUCAUCCUCAAGAUGUUUGUGGACUUAAACCCCGACAGCGACAAGAUCAUCUACUCUCACUUCACUUGUGCCACGGACACUGAGAACAUCCGCUUUGUGUUUGCAGCUGUCAAAGACACCAUCCUACAGCUCAAUCUCAAAGAGUACAAUCUGGUGUGAGGGCUCACGUACGACGCACACCUCCUCCCCAUUGCACAAAUGCACACCUCCCUGGGAGUGUGCGCUCAACUCCACAUGCAUUACACAGCACACCUUGCUGGCUCUCUCUCACACACACACGCACACACACGCACACACACACACACCAACAGAACCCUUCCUGUUGUUUUGUUUUUUUUCCAGUACAGUACAUCCACAAAUCCUCCCACCUGUAAAAUGCCGUCCCUCCUCUUUUCACCAAAGCUCGCCCUCUCUUCCUCCUUCGCUCGGCAGCUUGUUGUGUCAGAGUCCCUGCUCCUCCCAAAGCUGCUCCACGUGUCAGAUUUGGCUCUGGCUGCUGGCUCUGGCACAUUUCAUCUGGCACACAAACCUUUCACACGGGCUGUACAGUGACUGAAGGGGACUUUGGUGUUUGUGUGUGUGUGUGUGUGUGUGUGUGUAUGUGUGUGUGUGUGUAUGUGUGUGUGUAUAUUUGGGGCAGCAUUGACUAGCGAGGAGCUGUGUUUUGGUGAAACCCUUUUCGACCCUCUGGAGUUGACCCUCAGCGGUGUGAGAUCAGAGCCUCUGUCGUGUCCUCUCUGAGCUCCUUCACUGUUUUCAAGAAGUGAGCACCGGAUCUCCUGAAACCAACCGAGGACAAGCUUCUUCUUCUUCAUCUUCUUCUUCCUCCUCUUGGGACAGAGCGAUCAGGACAGGAAGUGAGGUCACACACCCGGACACAAGGGGGACAGGGCCGACGACUCUGUCUCCACCUCGCAUCUAUGAAUGUACCCACCGGUGUGAGCAUCGCAAUCGCAAAAAAAAACAACAAAAAACAAAACAAAAAAAAUAGAAAUAUAUAUAUUAUGAAGUAAAUGCAUAUGUAAACACACUUAAGACAAAAAGCACGAGAGGGCAAGACAUAGCUAAUCGAAAUCUGUUCAUUGCUGAGAUUUUUUAAAUGUUUUUAAUGAUAGAAAUUUGUUGCUACGUCUACUUCUAUUUAACAAAUAACGGCUCAAAGGAACGGUGAUAAGAAGUGGUAAGAAAAUCUAUAAAAUUUUGAAAGACAUCUAAAAAGAAGCAACCAGAAAUUUACUUGACUUAAGUAUCCUUUAAAGAUUUUCUGUGGGAUUUGUGUUUUAUGUUUAAGUUAAUCACAUCGCUUCCCUCCUCCAGAUGUUUUCUGUUUGGACUCACAGGGACAAUCUUCCAUGUGACCUUCACAGCAUCUGGCUCCACUGAUAACACCACCCAACACCCUUAUUACAGAAACACUAACAGCGGGUGAGAGGGCCCUGCUUUCGACACAGGCUCUGCUCUGAUUGGUGGAAGCAGAUGUGGAGGGGGAGUGUGAUGUCAUCAGCGUUUUUUAUCAGAGCACAGCUGCAGCUCUGGGCUGCAAGUAGCUUAUUCAACAAAAUAAAAGCUGUAAAUGAAACACACGCCCGCCACCCCAGGGGUGUGAGUGGAAUCCAUGCGGUAACAUCUCUGAUGACGUCACACCUGCGUCACUCAGCCGUCCAAUCAGACACACUUCCUGACGGUGACACAUCACAUUAGGAAGUGCUUCUGUUUACUUUUUCUUUUCUUUUUUUUUUUUUUACUGUAUAGUCACUUUGUUUAUAUAAAGAUUGCUUGCUGUUGAGUGGUGAGAGGAGGGGGAGGGGGGCUAUGAAACCUUUCACAGAAAACGCACUCUGAAGUCUGCAAAUGUUGUUUGUGUAUAUCUGUUUGUAAAUACAUAUACACAAAACACUCCUGUACAAAAAAAAAGAAAACGCUCUGUGGUACACCAUCUUUGGCAAAAAACAAACAGCGAAAAAAAAAACAACAAAAAAAGUAUCAACUUCUUUCAUUAGCAUACAGUUUUUUCCUAUGAAUUUAUGGUAGUAGUGAUACUGUGAUUAUGGACUUUGUUCACUUGAUUAAUAGGACAACACAGAGCUGAGCGGUGUUGAGGAAACGAUCGGCAGAAGGAGCAAUAGUCAGAGAAAAGAGGUUCCUCCAUACCGGCCUCUCGACUCCACACUACUGCAACAGCUCUGGCUCCGGAGUAUACUAACUAGGGCUGGUUGAAAAUCUUCACAGUAUGGUGAUGAGAUGAUUUUAAAGUAAUUAAAAGAUUUUUUUUUUUAUUUAUCUAAUUUAUGGACCAGGUUUGAAGGUGUUGAUAAUUUGACUGCUUUUGAUUCUGUCAUGUUGAAGUGCUCCUUUUCUCAUGCUGGAGCCUACUUGAGUCUGAACUGCUGUAAAAAAAAGUUUAAAAAAAGACUAAAAAAAAAAACCUAAAAAAAAAACAAAAAAAACGAAUGUCUGGUAUAGUAAGGACUUUAUCUCUGCUUUCUAUUUCUUAUUGAGACAUUUCCAGUUGUACUUGCCAUCACAUCUCCAUCCAUGAUAAUACUGUUUGGUUUUCUUUAGGAGCCCUCACAUUUGUUUUGUUUUCAUUUCUUUUUAUUUUUUAUUUUUAAAAAGAAAAAGAAACUUGUAUUUCCUCUCGGUUUAUAGACGCAGCGCUGUAACGCAUACCUAGAAAAAUGUACAGUACGAACGUAGGUGGACUUUUUUUAUCAGUGAUUGACGGCCCACGCGGUCCAUGCUUGCUAUUUGUAAUUUAACACACAAAAAAAAAUUCUGUUGUCGGUUUUUUGCAUUGUUAAUUUUCCAGUUUUUUGAGGCUUGCUUUGAUAGUGCCAGUGAAGUGCAGAUAUACUUUUUUGGUCUUUGACCUUUUCUACAGGUGACUUAUCCUUCAUCCUCAUUAAGGGCUAUCACAGUGCAUCAGGCAUCAGACAGCGGGGAGUGGAGUACAGGACCACAGUGAACCAAGUCAUCCACUACUAAUCCUUGUUUAUAAAUGGAGAUUACUUGCAGUAUGUGCUAUAAGACGUAUAGGCAGGGUGUUAAUGUAAGGUGUGUGUAGAGAGUUUACCAACACUAAGCAGUUUCCUUUAUGUGUUUCUUUAUGUAUCUGGCCCUUUUGCUGAAUGAAGUGGACCCAGUAUCUGACUUCUCUGACCUUUUUUGAUGGGUAUCGCAGUGUUACCUGUCAUACCUCAUGCAGUAUAGAAAACACUUAUCACUACAGACACUACUACCAGGACAAGUAUUGCAUGUCUCCCCCAAGUAUUUGACUCAUAGCUGAUAGCCAAGUGAUGACCACGCUGUUAGCUUUGCAUGUUUUUAACCCGUUACCUACGAAUCUCACACUUUAUCGAUGCCCGUUUCUCCAGUCUGUACUUAACUCCGAACGCAGCUAUUGGUUUCUGUUCAUUGCCAGUGAAGUUUGUAAAGUGCAGGCUUUGAGUUUUAACUUGACUGUAUGUUGAUAUCCAUUCCGCUUUUUGUUAACGGAAACCUUAAAGCUGCUGAAAACGAUCUAAAAACCUUUUAGCUUUCAGAAAUGGUUAGCAGCGAGUUACUGGGGCUAAAAUAUAUUAUAUAUGUAAUCAAAAAAAAAAAAGAAGAAGAAAAAAGCCAGUGUCGUCCUUAACUGCCAUUUUGUUUGCUGAAAAAUGACACUAAUCUCUGAGCGGAAGAAGCAGACGGCCAAGCGUUGAGACUGCUGUCAUAAAGAGGGUCGGGACGCCAGUAUUUAAAGUGGAACGAUAUACCAGUAUGGAUACCCAAGUAUUUAUCAGUAGUCGUAUUAAGAUUUACUGUGUGUCAAGUGCAGCUCACUUCCAUGUCGUAUUAUUAGACUUGACACUACAACUCUGGCACAUGGUGAAGGGCUGACUGGUUGUUAGUGUGGGUUUGGUAGUGUGUUAGCAGCCCGGUGUUGCACAGUGUGUGUGUUUUUGUUUGUUUUUCUUUUGUUGACACAUUUUAAUCUCGACAUAUACGAAAGCAGGGAAGGCAGUCUUGUAUGAAACUUCUCAUUCUUUCAUCCUUGUCCCGUUUUUUUUUGUUUUGUUUGAGCAACGACCAGUGGGAGAGAUUGGUUUGUCACUACAACACUUAUUUAUUGCCUUUCAUUGCCUUGAUUAAUGAAAGACGGCGUCGCAGAGCCCCCUUAUUUUUGUGUUUCUCAUAAAAAUAAGGGACCUUUCUAAAGGCGGUCAUGCGACGUCCCUUCCUGUGGGUCAGUGGAAUCAAACUUAUCGAUCAGCGCAGAGUCGGUGCAUAUUCACAAUCUCAUCUCCCCCCCUCCUUUUUUUGUGUGUGUUUUUCAUUUUCCAGUAUGAUUUUAAAAAAGACAAAAAGACAAAAACAUUACCAGAACACUAUUAUUUUAGGACCACUUGAUUUAUUUUUUUCCUCACUCCAAUGAAACCUGAAGGUCAAUUGUGUAGUGGUGUAUAAAAUGCUGUUUUUUGUUUUUUUUUUUGUUUUGUUUUUCUUUAUUUUGUAUGUAAACCAAAUGUAAAUUAUGUAUUAUACUGAGUGUGCCAACCCCACUCUCUCUAGAGCCAGGCUCUCUCUAAGUGCCAACGCUGUGGUCAUCAUCAAUGGACCACCACCUGAGAUGGUCCCCCUUUUUAAAUAAAACACACCGGAGACUAAAAGGAUAGAUGAUUAAGUACACACAAAGACUUUAUUCUGUAUUUAAGAUUAAAAAUUUAAAAGAUAAUCUGCUGUUUUUUAAGAAACUGUAAUUAUAAUUGCAUGUGCUGUUUAUUUUGUGUUGGAAGUGAGGGCUUUGAUGUUUUCAUUGAAGCAGAGCCCUUGGCGAAGGGGGUUCAAUCAGUUGGUUAUUAUCGAUUUAUUGAUUUACAUAACUCUUUGCCAUAUUUUUUUAUGUGUUUCAUGUAUUUGUUUCAACCACUGUUGCCUGAUCCUCAUUCAAACAUGAACAUGACUUAUGAUCAUUGCCGCCUUCUAAGAGAGAAACAUAAUGACAAGGUAUCUGUUUUAAAUUGAAAUAAAUUUGUUCCUAUACUUGC